AUGUUUAGCGUAAACAAACUGGUUUUCUGACAAGCUAAAUCGUUCUGUGAAAAUCAAUCGCAUAUGACAGUUCCCGUUAGCACGUAUCGACAAAAUGACAUCUCUAGAUUUAAGACAACAGAAACUCGAACAACAGAGGCAAUUGAUUGCACUAAAAAUGAAACAGAAAAGGCAGAGUGGUGCGGGUGGAAUGGUACAAGCAUCCAACAUAUCUAGUACACAGCUUACAAGUCAUUCCACAAAGUGGAUGAAUCCAAAUAAAGAACUUAGAGGGUAUGAUGGACCACUACAGUUUAAUAUGUCACAGACAAAUCCUGAGUUAAGCAGUUUCACAGAGAAUAAGGAUAUGGAAACAAUAAUAAAUGAAGUCAGUCUAGAAGGAGGCUUUUAUCAAACUAUGGAAGGGGCUGACUGUGCGGACGAGGAAUCAUCACCUAUAGAUGUACAUUCACCUUCCGAAUCUUUACCAUGUCCUUCGUCACUUAGAGUAGCACCGUCCGAUGGUGCAAGUACCCUUAUCAAUAGAGAUAAUAAUUCUUCGAGUCCGGAAUUAGAAGGGAACGUGGAAGGGAAUAUUGAGCAUUUCGUGUUACAACCGGCGAAUAAAAAAAUGCAUUAUAAGUGUAGAAUUACGCGUGACAGAAAGGGUAUGGAUCGUGGCCUAUAUCCAACAUAUUUUCUACAUUUAGAACGCGAUUAUGGGAAAAAAAUUUUCUUACUGGCUGGUCGUAAGAGAAAAAAGAGUACAACAAGUAACUAUUUAAUUUCAACUGAUCCUACGGAUCUUUCGAGAGGCGGAGAGGCUUACAUUGGUAAAUUAAGGUCGAAUCUCUUGGGAACGCAAUUCACUGUUUACGACAAUGGGUAUUCGCUAAUGAAGGACGACAAACGGGACGAACGAUUUAAUCCUAGACAAGAGCUGGCUGCCGUUAUAUACGAGACGAACGUUUUAGGAUUUAAAGGGCCGCGUAAAAUGACCGUCAUUAUACCAGGAAUGACGUCUGAUCAGAAAAGAGUCGAAAUUUGUCCGAGAGACGAAUCGGAAACUUUACUUGAACGUUGGAAAACGAAAAACAUGGACAAUUUAAUAGAAUUACACAACAAGACUCCGGUAUGGAACGAUGAUACGCAAUCGUACGUGCUUAAUUUCCAUGGACGAGUAACGCAAGCAUCUGUAAAGAAUUUUCAAGUUGUGCACGAUAGCGACGUUGAUUAUGUUGUUAUGCAAUUUGGUCGUGUGGCUGAAGACGUCUUCACGAUGGAUUACAGAUUUCCACUGUGCACGCUUCAAGCAUUCGCCAUUGCUCUCAGCAGUUUUGAUAGUAAGUUGGCUUGCGAGUAGCAACGC